CAUCCAAAACCACAAAAGCGUUUCUUUACAAUAUUGGCAAUGGCAAUGGCAUCAUCAAAAGCUACAACUCUUUCUCUCUUCACAAUCGCUAGCCUCCUCUUCAUCCUCCUUUCUCUCCUCUCCUGUGCAAAAGCAUCAGAAACCCACAACAAAACAUCAUCACCAUUUGAGUUCCUUGACCAUCUCAAGGGGUGUCACAAGGGUGACAAAGUUCAAGGCAUCCAAGACCUCAAAAAAUACCUCGAAAGGUUUGGUUACUUGAAUGGCGAUAUCAACAACGAUGACUUUGACGACCAGUUGGAGGCGGCCAUCAAAACCUACCAAAUCAAUUACCACCUCAAGGCCACGGGAACAUUGGAUACAAAAACCGUAUCGAAAAUGAUGAUGCCUCGAUGUGGUGUGCCAGAUAUCAUCAAUGGCACCACCGCUAUGCGAUCAGGCAAAAAAAGGCACCCUCACCACCACGGGGGGCACACAGUUGCUCAUUAUGCUUUCUUCCAAGGAAGCCCAAAAUGGCCUGCCAAUAAGUAUCACCUCACCUAUGGUUUUGCUCAAGGCACCCCGGCUAAUGCCGUGGGCGCAGUUACACGUGCUUUUGCAACAUGGGCAGGCAACACACACUUCUCUUUCAGUCGGGCUCAGAGCGUUGACAGCGCUGAUCUGAAGAUCAGUUUUGGAAGUGGUGAACAUGGAGAUGGACGACCGUUUGAUGGGCCAGGUGGGGUCCUAGCCCAUGCUUAUGCGCCAACAAAUGGGAGAUUUCACUACGAUGCUGAUGAGACGUGGGUUGUGGGUGCUGUGCCUGGGGGAAUGGAUUUGGAGACUGUGGCUUUGCAUGAAAUUGGUCAUCUUCUUGGGCUUGAGCAUAGCUCUGUUGAAGGAGCUGUCAUGUUACCUGGAAUCCGCGCUGGAUUUACCCAGAGUUUGCAUGCGGAUGAUAUUCAAGGAAUUAAAGCUUUAUACAACACUUGAUUAUCAUCUUGAUGAUGAUCAGAUCAGAUCAUCAAGAAUGUUGAAGUAAACUUUUCAUUCUUGUUUUCCCUUUAUCAAAUAAGGUAUCUCACCUGGAGUGUACAUGAGACAUUCAC